GCGCCGAACGUCAAACAAGUUUAGAGUCAGCAACCUUUCCACAGUCACACGCCAUGUGAUACCCAUUUUUUGUUUUGUUUCUCACAAGAGGAGUCCAUGUCAUUCAACUUUGAAGUCUUUAAUUGUCCUCCAUCCCAUCACAGUCAUUCUUUACUAACUUAAGCCAAGUCAAAUCCAGAUCGAGUUAACACAAAGCGACUGGAGAUCUAGCCUCACAUUAAACCAUAUUAACGAUGGCUGAUUCAACACAACAGCCAGAUUACUAUCUACAUUUGGAUCUAGCUGAAGGCGGACUGGAUCCUCAACCCCAUGGUGAUACAGGAGAGAGUUUUCUUGAAUUUCCAGAGUCUGGAAGCGAGGAGGCGGCUGCUAUGGCUCAGAAUAGCGCCAUUCAUGGUGUAAAUCAGUGGCCGGACAGUAGCGUCAAGACUACUCCUACUUUAGAUAAUGCUGUAUCAGUCAGAGAGCCUACAUUGGAUGACAGCUCAGUUGGAAACUACACUGUUCUCGGAACACCAGUGAUCAUUGAGCCAAAUACCGUUCAUUGGAAUAGCGCACGUCAGGUGUAUGGAUCUCUUAUGGACAUGGAACUUAGCAAACUGUCGCCGCCAGAGCAGGUCUCUGACUGUAUUACACCUGACUUGAUAUUUCCAUCAAAAAACGCACAAGAUAAAUUUUCUGUAACCGAAAGUCAGGCUGAGGAUACCAGAAUCAAAGCGUCAGAGGCAUCUACGUCGGUAGCACCCCUCCCUACCACGACACAACAUUCAUCUGCAAAGCAAACAUCGGGUGACUCAAAAAAGAUAUCCAUACAGUUGAUGACCGCAACGCAGUCCCUUACAGAUAUUAGAAGGAGUACACGAGCUAGGAAACCGUCAAGUUUAGCGACGCAGAGCGAGGAAUAUCUUGCAAUGGGAUUGAAUAUGAUAUCUGCACCAGCAGAACGCGUUACCCGAUCGAAGAAGGUUUAUUGUUACUGUCAAAAGCCGGAUGAUGGCGAGGUCAUGAUCCAGUGCGAUAACUGUCGGCAGUGGUUUCACGGCGCGUGUGUUGAUGUUACGGAUGAGAUUGCUGAGCUAAUGGAGCUUAAGAAUGAAAAGUUUUUUUGUGACCCAUGUACAGAAAAAUUAAAAGGUAAGAUGAUGUUGCUGUUGUUAUAUUUUCUGUGUUCAGUAUACUCUCAGUUUGUAUUCUUUUGGAUUCGUAUAUCCUUGUUUGUUUUUCUUUUUUCUUUUUCUUUUUCUUUUUUUUUUUUGCUACAUAAAAUAUAAUGUCGUAAGAAAUCGAUCAUCUGGGCAACCAUGUCCAUUGUACCCUUGAAUGGCUCGGGCCUAUGAUGUCCACCAGCU